AGCAGGGUGCUCGGCGUCGCUCCACUUCAGUCGACCACCAGUGCAACAAGCCUGUCAGCCGACCGUGACACAGACACGGUCCGUGAACACAGAAAAUGCCUAGAAAGUGACUCCAGAGAACGGCAGGACUGCCCCGGACAUUGCACACAGGCUUUCAGACCGACGUGCCGGUGUCUCUUGCGCCGUACCCUCAGCAUUAGGCCUCAUGGAGCUGGGGACUCAGCACCUACUGUGCACCAGGGAGCUCGAUCCAUGCCUGGUUCCCAGCAAACAACCAUAAAGGGUGGGAACCUUAAUUACCCUUCAAUUCCUCUUUCCCAUCCCACCCCCUAAUUUACCCCUGUGGUGAGAUUGUCCUCUCGUGCCUGUGGCCUACAACAUGAUUGGCAAGCUGAAACAGAACUUGCUGGUGGCCUGUCUGGUCAUCAGCUCAGUCACGGUCUUUUACCUGGGCCGCCACGCCAUGGAGUGCCACCACCGCAUUGAGGAGCGCAGCCAGCCAGGUGGAUUCUUGCCGCUGUCAGCUCUGGGCGGCAGCAUGCGGACCACCUUAAGGACUGGCCAGAAUCUCAGCACGCCUUUUGUUUACAACAAAGACAUGCCACUCGUCUUCAUCGGUGGCGUGCCCCGAAGUGGGACCACGUUGAUGCGAGCCAUGCUGGAUGCCCACCCAGAGGUGCGCUGUGGUGAAGAAACCCGUGUCAUCCCGCGUAUACUGGCCAUGAAGCAGAUGUGGAGCCGCUCGGGCCGGGAGAAGAUGCGUCUGGACGAGGCUGGUGUGACAGAUGAGGUGCUGGACGCCGCCAUGCAGGCCUUCCUGCUGGAAAUCAUUGUCAAACAUGGUGAACCUGCCAACUUCCUGUGCAACAAGGACCCCUUCGCACUGAAGUCGCUUUCUUACCUGGCCAAGAUUUUCCCACGUGCCAAGUUUGUGCUCAUGAUUCGUGAUGGUCGUGCUUCAGUCCACUCCAUGAUCUCACGGAAGGUGACCAUCGCCGGCUUUGAUUUGGGUAGCUACCGGGACUGCCUGACCAAGUGGAAUCGGGCCAUAGAAACAAUGUACACUCAGUGCCUGGAUGCAGCGGACAAAUGCCUCCCUGUGCGCUAUGAACAAUUGGUCCUCCAUCCUGAGAAAUGGAUGCGGACGCUGCUGAAAUUCCUAGACAUUCCUUGGAAUGAUGCUGUUCUCCACCACGAGGAGCUUAUUGGGAAAGCUGGAGGAGUGUCCCUCUCCAAGGUGGAGAGAUCCACAGACCAGGUCAUCAAGCCAGUCAAUGUGGAGGCUUUGUCCAAGUGGGUUGGGAAGAUCCCAGCUGACGUGGUGAAGGACAUGGCUGUCAUCGCUCCCAUGCUCUCCAGGCUGGGAUACGACCCACACGCCAACCCUCCCAACUACGGUCGUCCAGACCCCAAAGUAUUAGACAACACCAGAAGGGUCUUUAAAGGUGAAUUUCAGCUCCCAGAUUUCCUAAAAGAACAAUCACAGAUCCAGAAGUCUGCAGAGAAACCCAACCCCAGUUAGGAGCAGAGGAGCGUCAGCACCACAUGACACAGUACAGGACUCGGUGCCGUGGACCAGCGGCGUAGAUCACACAUCGACUCAAGACGUCAACUCACCCAUCUCACCGUUUAUGUUGGGCCUCAGCAUGUCUCAAAGGUCACAUGACCACAGCAGGACAGUCCUCCUCCUCCUCCUCCUCCUCCUCCUCCUCCUCCUCCUCCUCCGGGCUGCUACCACGCCUCCUAUUCAGAGGAGUGCUGGGCCUUCAAUGUUGUACUGUACAAAAAGAAGAAAACAUUACUGGUUCCCAGCACCACAGAAUGUCUGCAGAUUGUCGUUCUCAUUGUCACAUCAUGCUCAUUGAUUUGUAGAAAAUAAUUUCUGCCUAUUAGUGAUUCUGUUGUAAGAAACUGCAGUUGAAUGAGAUGGCAACAGUAUUUAUGAAUGGAAAAAUUAGCAUUUGGAAAAGGCAAUACCUAUUUUAAUGUUUUAAUUUUUUUCAUGCCUUUGUAUUGUGUAAUGUCAUGGGUACUGAUCAGUUUGACUUAUCAACCGUGAUAAAUAAUGCUUUUUUUUUA